AUGGCCGGGCUGCCCCACAGGAUCAUCAAGGAAACCCAGCGUUUGCUGGCAGAGCCCGUUCCUGGCAUCAAAGCAGAACCAGAUGAAAGCAACGCCGGUUAUUUUCAUGUGGUCAUUGCUGGGGAAUCAAAGGAUUCCCCCUUUGAGGGAGGGACUUUUAAACGUGAACUAUUACUUGCAGAAGAAUACCCAAUGGCAGCCCCUAAAGUACGUUUCAUGACCAAAAUUUAUCAUCCAAAUGUAGACAUUGGAAAAAUAAGUUUAGAUAUUUUGAAAGAUAAGUGGUCCCCAGCCCUGCAGAUCCGCACAGUUCUGCUAUCGAUCCAGGCCUUGUUAAGUGCUCCCAAUCCAGAUGAUCCAUUAGCAAAUGAUGUAGUGGAGCAGUGGAAGACCAACGAAGCCCAAGCCAUUGAAACAGCUAGAACAUGGACUAGGCUAUAUGCCAUGAAUACUAUUUAAA